AGAGGGAGGGAGGGAGGGAGUGAGUGAGGAGGGAGGAAGGCAGCUCUGCUCUUCACACCCCCACAAAGCAGGAACAGGUGGUGUUGGCGGCCGUCGGCAGCUCCAGCGCCGCUCCACAAGGCAACGAGCGAUGAAAGGCGCCCGACUGUACCCAAAGCUGCAGUAGACCGGGGGUCGGGCGGAUGGGCGGAGGGUGAGACACAGAGAGGGAGAGAGGGAUCGCUGCUUCACCUUAUUGCAGCCCCGGAGGUUCGUGUUUGGAGAGAGGGGGUUAUAUCGUGUGGAUUUCUCCCUCUUUUUUUUGGAGAAGAAGAGAAGGAAAGGAGAGCGCGGAGAGGAGGAAUGAAAGUGACCGUCUGCUUCGGGAGGACGAGGGUGGUGGUCCCGUGUGGAGACGGCGCCCUCACGGUGCACAGCCUGAUCCAGCAGGCGGUCACCAGGUACCGCCGAGCCCUGGCCAAGGAUCCGGCUUACUGGGUGCAAGUGCAUCGCUUGGAGCAUGGUGAUGGUGGAAUUCUGGAUCUGGAUGACAUUCUCUGCGAUGUUGCUGAUGAUAAAGACAGACUUGUAGCCAUCUUUGAUGAACAAGAUCCUCACCAUGGUGGUGAUGGCACCAGCGCCAGUUCGACUGGCACCCAGAGCCCAGAGAUGUUUGGAAACGAGUCUGUAUCAACGACCAUUUCUGCCUUCCAGCCAUACCAAACAUCAAGCGAGAUUGAGGUCACGCCCUCUGCCCUCCGAACAAACAUGCCUCUCCACGUACGACGCAGCAGUGACCCCGCAUUGGUUGGUUUGCUGUCCUCUGUGACUGAAACCACUUUUCCUACAGAAGAGCCUUCUCGAAAAAAUCCAACCCGCUGGUCAACAACGCCGGGCUUCCCAAAGCCAAGCCAAACCUCUAGUAGCCUCGACAGAAAAAAGAAGGAAGCGGCUCGAAGGGAUCCAGUGAAUGGACAGGAGAACUAUAGAAGCUUACCGAGGGAUGCUAGCCACUGGUCAAAUCAGUUUCAGCGAGACAAUGCCAGAUCCUCUUUAAGCGCUACUCACCCCAUGGUGGACAAGUGGCUGGAACGCCAGGAGCAGGAAGAUGAUGCGGCUGAGGAAGAGAGCAACAGGAUAGAACCAAUUGGGCGCGCUGAUUCUUGUCUUGAACAUGGACAGAAUUUUUCGCUGGGUGACGUGCUAAAGCUGGUUGAAGUCUCCAAUGAGGGAGGGCCUUUGGGAAUCCACGUAGUGCCUUUUAGUGCGACAGGUGGAAGGACCCUGGGGUUACUGGUGAAGCGUCUGGAAAAGGGCGGAAAAGCAGAGCAGGAGAAAUUGUUCGAUGAGAACGAUUGUAUCAUCAAGAUCAAUGAUGGAGACUUGCGAAAUACACGAUUUGAACAAGCACAACAUAUGUUUCGUCAAGCCAUGCGUUCACCUGUCAUCUGGUUCCAUGUGGUCCCCGCAGCAAAUAAAGAACAGUACGAACAAGUAUCUCCCGGCAAUAAAAAUGCCUUUUAUUCCAGUCGGAACAAUGCAGAUGCCCAGCACACUGAUGGCAAGAGCACUGUAAAUGCACGUUUUGAUGACACGCCACAGAGGCUGUCUAGAAUGAGCAAUGAGACAGAUCAGACUGCUUCCUACUCUCAUCUACCUCACAAUCUGAACUCAGUGUCAAAACCGCCUACAGGUCAGAAUCUGAUCCCCCAAAGGUUGAGCGCUGCACCGCCCACUGGCUACAACACCAAAAAAGUAGGGAAGAAACUCAACAUUCAGCUGAAGAAAGGUCCAGAAGGUCUUGGGUUCAGUAUUACAUCACGGGAUGUCCCUAUUGGUGGCUCUGCACCAAUCUACGUGAAAAACAUCCUCCCAAAAGGAGCAGCUAUUCAGGAUGGAAGGCUGAAGGCUGCAGACAGGCUUCUGGAGGUGAAUGGUGUAGAUCUCACAGGAAGAUCGCAAGAGGAAGCGGUGUCCCUCCUGAGGAACACUAAGAUGGGUGGCACUGUCAGUCUCCUGGUCCUGAGGCAAGAGGACACCUUGCUCCCUCGGGAACUGAAAAAGGAAUCCAGUCCAAUGCAGACACCAAAUGACUUGAAAGCAGAGGAUGACGACUUGGUUCUGACGCCAGAUGGUACCAGGGAGUUCCUCACGUUUGAAAUUCCCCUGAAUGACACUGGAUCUGCAGGCCUUGGUGUCAGCGUCAAAGGUAAUAGGUCAAAGGAGAACCAUGCUGAUCUCGGCAUAUUUGUGAAGUCCAUCAUCAAUGGAGGAGCAGCAUCCAAGGACGGUAGGCUAAAUAUGAACGACCAGCUUAUAGCAGUGAACAGUGAAUCAUUGCUGGGGAAGACGAACCAGGAUGCCAUGGAGACGCUCCGGAGGUCCAUGUCCACAGAGGGAAAUAAAAGGGGGAUGAUACAGCUGAUUGUUGCCAGGAGGAUUGCAAAACGCAAUGAGCUUGAGACACCUGGGAGUCCCUCAGGGCCUGAGCUGCCUAUUGAUGCUGCAAUGGACGAUAGAGAGCGAAGGAUUUCACAUUCAUUAUACAGUGGAAUUGAAGGACUGGAUGACUCGCCCACCAGGAACAUUGGACUCAAUAGAUUAAUGGGCAACUACCAAAUGUCUCGCACGGUAAACAUGCCCCAAGAUGACACGGUUAUGAUUGUGGAUGAUAGAACACCUGCUGCGUUUCCUCUGCUGCCCAACCAAUCGCCUGCAGGCUACCACCAAGUGAUGGAUUCUGUGCUUCCCGGGGUUUGGGUGAAGGAACCCGACAAAAUAACAGGUGUGUUAAGCCCAGAUGUAGACCCUGCCACCGCCUUCCAACGAGAGGGAUUCGGACGUCAGAGCAUGUCUGAAAAACGCACAAAACAGUUCGGAGAUGCCACUCAGCUGGAAUUUGUGAAAACACGGAAAUCUAAAAGCAUGGAUCUAGUAGCUGAUGAGACUAACCUUGAUUCCUUGGCUGAACAGAUAACAACAGGUUCCCCAACCAGAGACGUCGGGCCUUCAUUAGGGCUGAAGAAAUCCAGCUCAUUGGAAAGUCUGCAGACAGCAGUUGCUGAAGUGACUUUGAACAGUGACAUUCCCUUCCAUCGCCCGCGACCACGCAUAAUCCGAGGCCGAGGGUGCAACGAGAGCUUCAGGGCUGCGAUCGACAAGUCUUACGACAAACCAGCGGAGGAGGAGGAGGAGGAUGAUGAGGGGAUGGAAACUUUGGAAGAGGACACUGAAGAGAGUUCCAGGUCAGGCAGAGAAUCUGUAUCAACAGCGAGUGACCAGCCAUCUCUCACCGCUGGAUACUUGUCGGGCACAAUGGAGAAACAGAUCAACGGUUCGAGGAGCAAAGAGGAAAAAAAGAAGGAGAAGACUGGCAAAGACAGAGAAAAGAAGAAAGAUAAAGACAAAGAGAGGGAGAAGGAAAAGAACAAAGCAAAGAAAGGGAUGCUGAAGGGUCUUGGAGACAUGUUCAGGUUUGGCAAAUACCGUAAGGAUGAAAAGAUGGGGAAGCUGGAACGCAAAGGGUCAAAGAGCAAAGUGGAAGAAACACUGCCAUCUGAGGAAGAGCGGAUACGAAUGCAACAGGAACAGGAGAGAAUUCAGGCAAAACAUCGAGAAAUUCGGGAACGACAGGCCCGGGAUCGAGAUUACGCAGAUCCACAGGAUUUGAAUAGAACAUACGGAUCUGAUGAUGACCCAACCUAUGCUGGCAUGAGUUGGUACGAAUCAUCAAGAGAUGGCAGCAGCAACAUGGCAUUAAACUCUAGACCACAGAGCGCAAGAGAGGAAACACAGCCUGUGGAAGCAGUUUAUGCUCAAGUGAAUAAACCAAAGAAUGGAAAAGUCGUGACUGCAGAAAGUAACAGACUCGCUCCCAGCAACCACGAUCGGAUACAAAAGCUACGACACGAGUUCCAACAAGCCAAGCAAGAGGAGCUGGAGGACCGGCGACGCACAUACAGUUUUGAGCAGCCUUGGCCCAACUCCAGCCCUUACACUCAAAGUGGCCGUCACUCAGUGUCUGUGGAGGUUCAACUGCAGCGACAGAGACAGGAGGAGAGGGAGAGCUUCCUACAGGCACAACGGCAGUACAGCUCAUUGCCACGGCAGAGUAAAAGGAAUUCCAGUUCCUUAUCCCAAGACGUGUGGGAUAAAGGCUACGCGCCUGGUGAUGGGUUCCAGAGUGCAAAAGACAAUCCCAGAUAUUCCAGUUACCAGGGCUCCCGGAAUGGUUACCUGGGAUAUGGAGUUAAUGCACGGGUUUUAAUGGAAACACAGGAGCUGCUUCGCCAAGAGGAACAACGGCAGAAAGAGCAGCCCACUGAUGACCGGAAUAGCUACGACUCUUACAAUCCUGCCCCUGAUCCCAGCUUCAACCCUCCCAAAGGCCCCUACAGGCAAGACGUCCCUCCAUCCCCUUCUCAGGUAGCCAGGCUGUCCCGAUUACAAAUGCAAGACAAGGGGCGGCCUUUCUUUCCCUGAGCUCACAGUAAGAAACUUUCAACUAAUACAUGGCAAGAGGUCACUUUUUUAAAAAAAUCAAAUCAAAUAAAAAAAAUCUUGAAUUUGUCUCUCUGAGAAUCAAGGGAGAACGCUAAAUGUUAGCAGUUUCUCCAGCCAUGGUCUCUCUUUUCAGUGCCUUCAGUAAUGUGAGAUGAGGUGAGACUCACCGGCCUUAAUCUGCCUCCGUCUGUCUUGUUGCCUGCGACAGUUCACACACAGGAAUAUCAAAACACCUCCUCUCACUCUGACAAUCAGGUGGAAGUAGAAGAACACAAGGUCUACAGUCAUUUGCUUCUCCCCCAGAUGGUGUGAUUCAUGGUUGAUAAUUCACAGUUGUACUUUUUCCGCUACUGUCCCUUUCCGCUACUGUCCCCUGUUAUUGUGUAUAUACAGGACAAUGCUGUUUGAUUUCCCCUCUGCAGUGCAGAUGAAUGUUACAUUUGGCUUUAAAAAGGUGUGAUUGUUGGAUAUAGGGAACUCUGUUACACUUUUCCCCACUUUGGACAUAUUUUAUAAGUACAAAUCACGUGAACGUCGAAUAAAAGGUAUUUUUGCACGGUCCAUCGACCUCAAUUUUAAUGUGACCCGUGUCUUGGGAUGUUUUUGGAUGUGGCAGUGUUUUUGUUUUGAUUCUCUCACCAAUUUAUUUCUCCACCAAUAUUCUCCCCCCAAAGGUGUUUGACGCCAUUUUUUUCUUCCAGAAGGAGGUCUGGUUAAUUUCUUUCACACUUGCCCUCUUCCUUAACACAGGGCUGAGACAAAUUGUAUUGCUCCUUCCUGCUGCUUCAGAUGAGAUCAGCUAACUUGGUAUUUAACUGGGUAUUAACCAUGGAUCUUCCCUGGUCAGUGUCCCUCACUGAGGACUGACUGAGUUAUUGGGAGGUAGGGUGGGGGAAGGGAACCGUUACUGUUUUUUUUAAAAUUCCAAUGUAGUUCUGGGUAGAAAACAUUUUGUGUGUAUUAUUGUGAUGGUUUUGUUUAUCAGUGGAAAUCAUGGAACAGGUCAGACAUAACCAGCACCACAGCGCUCUGCACUGUAAUAUCUGUAUGUUAUUUAAAACAACGCAAUGUCUCCGCAUUUAUUACUGCUUCAAUCUUUUUAAUUUCAUUUGCGUUUACAACCAGUAAACUUUUUAGUGGUAGAACGCUAAGUCAAAGCUGUUGUAGUCACAAUUUGUGGUGUGUGAACCCCCCCCCACCCCCACUGAGUCUCCUGCCCACAAAACAGUCAUCUCAGAUCAAGGUGAGGUUAAGAAGGGAAAUCGCAAAGCUGUUUUUCGUGCAAGUUGUGGUUGUGGUGCAAAAGUACAUCUGUUAAGUCAAGUAAGAAACCAUGUUGGUGCUUCCAGUGCUCCAAUACAGUGUGUUCACUCGUCCUGUUAUCCCCAUGUGUUUUUUAUACAGUGCACUGAUCAACAACUGAAACAUGUGGAAUAAUGAUGAUAAUUGUAUUUAGAAGUACUUAAUUGUAUUCAGUACAAGUGUUUAACUCUAUAUAGAUAUCCAGAGGAUUGGUGUGAGCGCCAUCAUUUUCAUGGCAGAUAAUCACCCGUCCCUAUUUUUGGUGCGACAUCUUCUAUAACAUGGAUGGGGUGACGAGGAAGUGACUGAUAUCAGACCUUGUUACACUGGACUCUUAUGCAACAGAAAAUAAAAAAUGUUUGUAAGAAAAAAAAGUGGAUAACAGGAUUUUGUGAAUACCCUGUUCAAUGUUUUAUACUGUGUGAGUGGUUCUGUAACAGACAAUGAUAUCUGAGAAAGAGGGGGAAAUGAUUUUGUUGUAUGUGUAAGUAUAAAAUACAUUAAAAAUUAAGUGACUUAUGUUUGAUCACUUUUAUUACUGUGAUAAUUGUAACGUACAUCUGGGAGUUUGGAAAAGUUUUUCUUUAAACAAUUGCUUUCAGGGCUUGUCCCUCCCUAAAUUGUGCAGAAUAUGUGGAAAAGGUUGGAACAGUUAAGUGCCUGCAGUUCCAGAUUAUGAGCGAGUGAAUUUGGAACAGUCCAGCACACAAAUUGUAUCAUUCGUGAUUCUGGGAAAACCUGCCUAUUUUGCUUGGCGCAAUCUUUCUUUGUCCAGCUGUUUCCUGAGAGGGUGAAACCUCUGCACAAUUAUUGAUGUCUUGUAUGCCUGUUUUUAUUGCCUUUAUUACAAUUUUACUCAAUGUAUAAAACAAUGUAAGCACAGUGCAAUCAAUUUUUAACGUCUCUUUUACACAGUAUAUAUAAAAAAAUGUAAGACAGUUUUCUUGUACAUAUCAUCUUAGAAUAA